GCAGACAGGGAAAGGGAGGAGAUAAUCACGCGCGUCGUGCACGGUUCAGACGCAGCAUAGUGGGAGUGCGCCCUCGAUCACUGAGGCUCGGUCCACUUUUUUGUAUAGUGCGUCGCCUUCCUCGUUCUCAACUGCUGGCAUCACUCCACACGCACACGACCCUACAGCUUCACUCACUGUGUGCGUGUCUGCUGGCCUGCUGGGAGGAGGACGUCUGGAUCGAGCCGCCGGUGGUGGUCGUGGACAAAGACCUUUACGUGUGGAACGUGCUGAUCGUCAACACCGCCUGCCAUUCGCCUCCCAGUAGAAUCAAGGCAGCACUUCCACGCGUUUUUGUGUUCUCUUUUUGGGAGUGUCGCCUCUCUCACUCGGACCCAUAUCGAGACUCUGGUUGCAUUCACCGUCACAGCACCACGUACGUGCCAUGAAGUGCCCUCGCCCCGGCGUUGGGCUACGUGAAUAUUAAUUGAGAAUAUUUUAAUGUGCGUCAGUCUUCCAUCCUGCUGUGUUGGGGACAGUUUCCAGUUUGCAGAGGACCGUGAAGUAAUCGUCAAAAAGAAGAUAGCAGCUAGCUUGGAUUUGCUCGCUUUGAAUAUCCAUGAGCUCUGAUUUUCCGCACUACAGUUUCAGGAUGCCAAAUAUAGGGUUCCAGAACCUGCCCCUUAAUAUCUACAUUGUUGUGUUUGGGACGGCUAUCUUUGUCUUCAUCCUCAGUCUUCUCUUUUGCUGCUACUUAAUAAGGUUACGGCACCAGGCACACAAAGAGCUCUAUGCAUACAAACAAGUCAUUCAGAAGGAAAAGGUCAAAGAGUUAAAUUUGCAUGAGAUAUGUGCGGUGUGCUUGGAGGAGUUCAAACAGAAAGACGAGUUGGGGAUUUGUCCGUGCAAACAUGCAUUUCACAGAAAGUGUCUCAUUAAGUGGCUGGAGGUGAGGAAGGUGUGCCCACUGUGCAACAUGCCUGUCUUACAGCUGGCCCAGCAGGCCGGUACCAUGGAACCGCCUGUGCCAAUCCAGCAGCCUUUGCCCGGAAUUGAGAACCUGGUCUAGUAGACUGAAAGCCAACAUGAUGGAGAUGCUGAGCCAACUGAAAUCGGCACUCCGCUACACCACACAGCACUCCAGGACCAUUCAAAAACUGCAAUCCCAGUAUGGAAAAGUCAAAUGCAACAAAAUGCCAUUCUGGACUUUCAAAAAAAAAAAAUCUGAGGGAGAACAUCAACAACAGGAGUACAGCGAGGCCAAAACAAGGAGGUUUUUAAACUUUGAAAUACUGCGUGAUAAGCUUUAUGCAGUACAUUUGUUGUUCAUAAAGUUUGUUAUUUCUAUUUCAAAUGUAUAUUUGAUGCUUUUUAUUUUUUUAAAAAGGUGUUUUGAGGUAGGCUAUAUAACAUUGAAAUAAUGUAGAAAUGUAUGCACCUUACUUUAUGGUAGGACACAUUUAUUAUGAACCGUUUAAUUAUCCCAUCUGCCUACGUCACAGCCAGCAAGCCGUGAAGGGUGAUGAAGUCAUGAGAAUCAAGUGGUGUCCCAUUUCUUAGUGGCUUCUUCCCCUUGGCCCUCGGUUUUUUAGGGGUAGAAUUGGGAUUCAGCCAACGUUUCGGCUUCCUUCAUUGAUUUUCUAGUGGAUUAAGUUCCAUAGACUGGCGAGGCCACUCCAGAACCUGAAUGUCCUUCUUUUGUUGUAUGUUAUGAGCCUUUGUCAUGGUGGAAGACCCAUCCACGAGCCAUCUUCAGUGUCCUGGCUGAGCCCAAGAGGUUGUCAUCCACAGUUCUACCAUACAUGGCACUGUUCAUCGGCCCCUCAAUGCAAUGAAGUAAUUGUAGCAGACUAUUUGUUGUGGUCCUGAGCCUGUACUUGUCUUUUUCUGUGUGUGAUCGAGAUGCCACCUCAGAAAGGUACCAGUGAUAGCAAUGAGGAACAAUAUGAAAAUAACCGUGGAACCAGAAAUGGAAAGUGGGACACACAUCUCGGUCCUGGUUGCUAAGUACAAUAUGGCUGUCACAUUGGGCGACUAUACAAUUUGUUUUUACAUCAUACCAGUUGUAAACUUCUGUUUGCACCUGAAUAACAGUUGAGGAUGUUUCGUAAAACAUUGCCUGUACAGUUAGUAAAGGUUUUAUGAUGGCAGUUUGACCCUGAAACAGAUUAUUUUUACUUCUAUUAUUUAUUUAACUUUUUUCAUGACAAUAUUCAAACACAGUGUAUCACCUAGAUAUUUUUUCAGCCUAUCAACACAGGGCUUUUAACCACAUUGUAUUUAAAUUAAAUUAUGUUGUGUUUAUGUUAGAUUUAAAUUGCGUAGUACUGAAGGAGCGCCACACCGAGGUGGCACAUGACCACGCCGCUCACAUGAGUCAGUGUUGUGUGUGUAGCGGCACUUGUCGUUGUGUUGGUUGACUUUGUUGUCGUCAUGGUUCCAGUUGUGACUUUGUUGCCAGGUGUGGUUGCAGCGUUUCCAGUUGCACUUUUAGCAGUUGUUGCUUUGUUGCCAUCUGUGGUCGCGGUGUUGCCAGUUGCACUUUUCCCAGUUGUCACUUUGUUGCCCGCUGUGGUCGCAGCGUUGCCAGUUGGAGGGUUUCCGGUUGCACUUUUGCUGUUUGCAGUGGCAGCGUUGGUGGCGGCAGCAUUGGGCGUGGUGAGCGCAUUAGUUGUCUUGCUUGUCGUUGUUUGGGCGUUUACCGAUACUGUCAGACAAUAACAAAACAAUUAAACAAACGUCAGUUGUGCAUCUGGAACUUUAUCAGAAGUUGUGAGAGCAGGAACGACAAGAAGGCGCUUACCAAUGAUCAGGAGUUGCAGCAAGAUUAGCCCAAGCAUUUUUGAAAAAUUCUUCCAACUGGAGAAAAAAAAAAAUCAUAAAAAAUGGUAAUUUUGACGACAUAAAGAUUUCCCCACAUCAGCGAUGGCAAAGAGCAAAAGUGUGAUGAUAACCAUAGAGCUUACUACGACAGAAGAAAGUAUCAGUCUGUUCACGGCAGUGUGUGUGUAUAUAGUAUGUACAGGCGUCAUCAAAGGAUGAGUAGUUUUACAUCAUUUAGUACAUCAGUACAUCACAUAACUCAUCAGGAUUAUUUGUUGUCUCUGAGGUUUAGUACAUUAAAUAUAAGAAAUAUACAUAUAAAAACGCAUUCACGUCUAAUAAGUUUGAGUUCUGUAGUUUUUCUAGUAUGUAACCUGCAAAGUGGCUGGUGCCAUGCUAUUUAAAAACAAACAAAAUAAAGUUGUUUUAUGAAUUGGGAUACAUUUUUUUUGCAUUUAUAAAGUUUGAAAAUUAGGACAAAAAUCAUUUUACAAUAA